GAUUACAACCACUAUAGUCUAUAAAUCAUAUGACAAAUCUCAUAAGCCCAUCAUCAUCACCUAUAUAUCAUAUGACCUCAAAAGCUCUCCUACUGAUCACUUCUCGAUCUCCAUGGACUUCACAGUCUCCAUAACCAACCAAGAUGUUGAAAAGGAAGAGCCACUGAAACUGGUGUCUCCAAAUAAUCCAGACCCCCCAGAAAUCAUAUUCCUAUCAAAUAUUGAUCUAGCAGUGGCUUUCCCUGUUGAAACAGUUUUCUUUUUUGAAGUAACUCCAGACAAGAGCUCCUCAACACUGAAUAUCUCUCACAGAUUGGAGAAAGCAGUGGCUGAGGUGCUCUUAGUUCCUUACUAUUUUAUGGCUGGGAGACUCAACUUCAACCGUCAGACAAGGAGGUUGGAGCUUCUCUGCAACAAUGCUGGAGCUUUGUUUGUCAGUGCCACCUCGAGGCUUCGGUUGAAGGACCUUGGAAAGCUUUAUCUUCCGAAUUCAACAUUUCAUCAUUUUGUUCAUCGGCCUGGCCUUUACAAAACCCUCGCCGAAACUGCACUUCUUACUAUCCAGGUCACCAGAUUUUCCUGUGGAGGUUUCUCAGUCGGAUUUGUUACAAAUCACGGCAUUCUUGAUGGAAAAUCAGCAAGUGAAAUGUUCCAGAACCUUGCCUCUAUAUGCAGAGGCGAAAACAUAGUGAACCAAGUACUAUACAAUGACAGAACAUGCUUCAGAGCAAGAAUCCCACCCCAAAUCAAAUACCCACAUAUGGAAUAUGUAAAGCUACAGGAUAUUUCAUCUCUUGCCUCAUCGUUCACUGCACCAAACCAGCUUUUUCCCUCUCCAUUAGUCUUUUCAGAAAAAUUCACUCACAAGCUCUUCUCAUUCACUCCUGAAAUGAUAGCCACUCUAAAAGAAAAAGCCAUGAAAAGAUGCUCAAGCUUUGAAGCCAUUGCAGCUCACCUUUGGAGAGCAAGAACAAAGGCUAUUUUUACAAACCCAACUGAAGUCUCAACUGUUCUUUUUGCAGUGGACAUAAGGUCUAAAACAUCUCCACCUCUGCCAAACGGGUUUGUCGGGAAUGCUGUGAUCACAGCAUUUGCAACCUCAAAAGUGGCCGAAUUGGUGGAGAAACCAUUCUGUUUCUGCGUCGAGAAGAUGAGGGAAGCAAUUGAGAGAGUUACAGAGGAGUACGUGAGGUCAGUGAUAGACUGGUUGGAGGUUUACAAGGGCGUCCCUGCAACUUGUAAUGGAAACUUUUAUGUUUCAGCAUGGAGCAAACUGCCAUUUGGUGAGCUUGACUUUGGGUUCGGGAAGCUUGCCCAUGGCGGACCGGUGGCGAGUGGGAAUGAUGAGUUUGCGCUGCUUCUUUCUGAGGGAAAAAGCGUGGGAAAUGGGGGAUGCAUAAAUGUUUGGAUGGGUCUUGAGCGAGACAAGAUGGAGAAGUUCGCGGCCCAUAUUUUUGAAAUAUGACAAGUGUCUUCCAUGGCAAAGGAAAUUGUCAACAAAGAAUCUGAAAUUACUAGAAUUUGGACCCGCACUAUAACAGCCAACACGGCCAAAAAUUGUAAAAGAACUCAAAAUCCAUUCCGUAAGCACAAAUUCCACUAAAUUCUCCUCAAAAUCAAAAACUGAACACACUAGGAAGUUCAAAAAGCCACAUUCGAGAGCCUUUCUUUUCUCUUCUCACUCAAUGAAUGGAUCAAUAGAGAAAAAUGAUAAAACAUGAGAGACAAAUUAAAAAAAUAAAAUCCCCAUGAGAGACAAUAGAGAAAAAUGUUAUCGUGAUGCAUGCACUAGUUCUUGAAAAGUGCCUUAUUUGUGU